AUGAAGGAAAUAAGUGGAGAAAUGAAAGAAAAAGAGACUAUAUCUACCAAGAAAAAGUUAAGCGUUUGUCAGUUCAUCAUUUUGACCUUUGUCUGCGCGAUCGGCAUCGUCGGCAACAUCUCCGCCCUCAUCAUCCUCUUGCACAAGGACAAGCGGAGAAACCGGAAGCACUUGCUGAUGCUGCGCUGCCUGACGAUCAACGAUCUGAUAGCGAUGCUCGGCACUUGGGUGCAAAUGUACGUAUCGAGGUACUGGCAGGGCCAUUACAACCUGUGCGCCCUGCACGUCGUUUGGCGGCUCUUUGGACUAUUCAGCGGUUGCGUGGCCAUCGUCAUGGCCGCGGAGAGGUGGCUCGCCCUUACGAGACCCUUCGCCUACCAGAAGCAGGUAACGUACCCGAUGAUCGUGCGGUGCAUGGUACUCCUGUGGCUGGUCGCCUUAACCCUCACCUUCCUGCCGUUCGUCGGAUUCGGCGUUUACCAAGAGAUGACCAACGAAGGCCUCGUGUGCGUGCGCUACAGAGACGCUCACGAGCCCAUCGACGUCGCCUACGCCUACGUCUGGUUCUUCUUCGGUAGCGUACUCUGUCUGUCGAUCGUCUGGUGCAACUUGGCGGUGGCUCGGGCGCUGAAACGCCUAGGCCGACGCAACGGCUCGCUGAGACGAAUCUCGCGGGCCUCGUCGCGAGCGAAGCCUCUGCUCAACGUGGCCCAGCCACCGGCCGAGGUCGGCAUCACCGCCGAGGAACGGGCCUUCGCCAAACUCAUGGCUCUGCUCUCGAUAUCCUUCCUCAUAUGCUGGAUGCCACAGAUGAUAUCCAUACCACUGGGCCAAUACAAGAAAAACACGCCGGGCCUGAAACUCGUCGCGUCCAAGUUGAUAGCGGGUUUCCAAAAAGUGGCCGACGUCCUCCUGUGCCUGCACUUCUCCUUGGAUCCGUACAUCUACGUCCUGCUGAGGGUGCCCCGGCCUCGAUUUCCCCUCCUCAAGCCGAUCUGCCGCUUCUGCUGGCCAGUACGCAGCCGAGCCAGCUCCUUCACAGGAACGACCGAGCAUCCGGGCAGCAGUGGUGACCCGCCGACCCCGAUAACCGAGGCCCCGUCGACGCCCGUCAGCGAGGAACACGAGCCGCAGAUGGUGGCCGUGGCCGUCUGAAGGUCAAGCUUCAUUCGACGACAUGGACCGAAGAGCUUGUGGAUGUCCGUGAUGUAUUUUACAACCCUCGCCCCCUUCCGUGUCGUUCAUUCCCUGUGCGUAUACGUAUAGCGGAGUCUUGGUGUUUUUUUUUUAAGAAAAAUAUAUUGUUUCUCGUGGUCGGUCGAUUUGUGUAAUGGCUGGUUGCGUCAGGGGUGUUGUGAAAAUAAUUUUGGAACGGCCAUUUGUUUCCUUGAGAACAAGUUUUUUUUUCUUUUUUUUUUUUUUUUUCCUCACCCUUCCAUCGGGAGGAAAAAGAGUUUGGUUUUUGCGAGGGACAGGUUUUGUUUCUUCAAUUUUACGGAGAUCCGCACGGGGUUGUUUUUCAAUGGUGCUUUCAUUCCGAUAUUUACCACUGAUUCACGAGGUACAUGUACGCGUAAAUUUAUACUUAAGGAAAGUUCGCGAGGAUUUGGCGAGGAUUUCGCGGAAAUUGGACUAAUGGUACACUUUCAUAACGAUUUUACAAAUGAUAAUUGAUGAUGAAACACACAUUUUUUUUUUUUUUGUAAAAUAUAAUCUGAAUGGUAUUUACGAUCGUGUACUUUUGAAAGAUACAAGUAUUUUUUUUUAGUACACUUACAAGUUGUCUGGUAAAAUGUUGAAUUAAAAGGAUACUAUGAAUAAUUAGAUACUCAUUCCGUACCUUCGAGUGAGAAUCAUUAUUUUCAAUGUAUAGUAGUGUAUAGUAUUAUCUAGUGAAUAGUAUUUUACGAUAGGCACAAAUGUUAUUACUGGCGAACAAGAAGUGUGAAAAAUGUUAAAUUCUUUUUUCAUUAUUCAUCAAAUAAAAUUUUAAGAAAAACUACGAAUAUGCAUGUAAAUAAAACAUUUAAUUACAGAUGUAUAAAUCGCUGUUGGUAUAAAUUAUCUAAAAAAUGUUGUGAUGUUAUUACUGAUCAAUUGUAAUCUGAUGUAAAAGUUUUAACAUUCCAACGAAACAUUUAGUAAAUUUAGAUCCAGACAUAAGUUUUUGAUUUAAUAAAAAUAAAUUGUAUUAUCGAUAGAACAAUAUUUUUCGAAGAAACGUGGUGAAGAUAGGUAAAAAUUAUUUUUAAUUUAUUUUAUAGAUUGAAAUUUUGUUUUCAAUGUA